AGAGAGACUGCACUUGGAGAUCGACCAUGGACGACCGCCAUUACUGAAUUCUCAGAUUGAUAUUAUAGAGCUUUGAAAUUAAUCAUGGACCCCCGUACCAGUGCCCAGGACGUGAUGCGAUGUGACCUGUGUGAGACCGCUGUGGUACAGAUGCACUGUGAUACAUGUCUUGUCAACCUGUGUACAGCUUGUGUAGGGAAACACAUGAUUUCUGAUGAAUCCAAGGACCACAAAGUUGUUAAAAUUCAAGCCAGAAAAUCUACCCCCCUCUACCCUGGAUGUACAACUCAUGCCAAAGAUCAAUGUAGAAUGUACUGUAACCAAUGUGACAUUCCUGUUUGCACAAGUUGCGUUGCAUCUGAAAAACACCUUGGUCAUAAAAUUUUGAAAGUUCUACAAGUUUUAGAUGAAAGAAGAAACAAAAUUAAGAAAGAUGUAACUGAAUUAAAUGAAACAAUUUACCCCACCUACCAGGACAUUGCCUCUGAUGUACAAAACAGAAUGAGUCAGUUAGAAAAGGAAUAUGGAGAUCUCUCAACAGCCAUAACAAAACAUGGAGAGGACUGGCACAGAGAAAUUGACAAACUUGUCCAGAAACUUAAAGCUGAAGUUGAUGAGAUGAAAAACACACAGUUACAAACUCUACAGAAACAACUGGAUGAAAUAAACAAGACAAUGUCUGACAUAGAGGAUGAAAUUGAUUCACUUGAAAUGAUAAGAGACACUAAUGACUUGUCAAAACUGUUUAGUGUCACACUCAAUGUAAAUUUAUACAGAAACCUUCCAAACAAAAUGAUACUAUCUUUACCCAAGUUCAUGCAGGGAACAAUCCAUGAAGAACUUGUUAAAGUGUUUGGAGCCUUAUCAUCAAGUUCUUUAACAUCAGAUAAACAUGGCUACAGCAUGAAGACAACACAGAAAUCACCAGAAGCUGGAUCCUCUCCUCCAGUCAAACAGCUGUUUGAUCAACCUGAGACUGUCACCACCAUAAAAAUAAACAUACAAGCAGUAUAUUCACUGAUUUCCUCACAACUUUACAAUGUGGCCUGUCUGAGUGAUGAAGAAAUUUGGACAAGUGGAAAUGACAACACCAUAAAACUCUUCAGCAUCAAGCAGGGAUCACUACUCAAGUCAAUCAAAACCAAGUUAGGGAACUCACCAGAUGACAUAGCAGUGACAAAAAGUGGAUAUCUAGUUUAUACUGAUUAUGAUGAUAGAACUGUGAACAUUGUGAAGAAUGAGAAGAUAGAGGAGGUGAUCAGACUACAGAACUUGAAACCUGACAGUGUCUGUAGUACCUCCUCUGGUGACCUCCUGGUUACCAUGAUCAGUGAUGAUUACAAACAAACAAAAGUUGUCCGUUACUCUGGCUCCACAGAGAAACAAACCAUUCAGUUUAAUGAUAAAGGUCAACCUCUCUAUUCAUCUGGUGUAUAUGUUACCGAGAACAGGAACCUGGAUAUCUGUGUGUCUGACUAUGGAGCUAAUGCAGUAGUGGUGGUCAACUGGAAACUGAGAUUCAGGUACACUGGACAUACUCCUGCUCCAAAGAACCAACCAUUCAGUCCACGAGGAAUCACCACAGACAGUCAGAGUCACAUCCUUACAGCUGAUGGUAACAAUGACUGUGUCCACACAUAGACCAGGAUGGACAGUUCCUCCGUUACAUAGACUGUGGACUUAGUAGACCCUGGGGACUGUGUACAGAUACAAAUGACAAUCUGUUUGUUGCUCAACAGAGCAACAAACAAGUGAAAAAAAUUAAAUAUUUGCAUUAAAAUAGAUCCUUGGUAGUCUGAAUAAUGUUUACUAUAGGUAUAAUGGAGGAAAUUUCUUAUAUUUUGUCACAAUUGUUAAGGCAAAAAAUUGUGCAAAAUUUUGUUUGGAAUUAUAUAGAAAGUGAAACAAAGUCUGUUAUCUAAGCACCGAAGAUAACACGAUUUCUUGAUAUUUUAGGUACCUAUUAUUCAUAUUAUUUCAAAUCAAAAUCAUUGCAGUCAAAAAAUAUGUUCAUCAAUCCAUACAUUAAAAGUAAAAUGCUGCUGGACUUUGUCAAAAAUUGACCAAAAUAUCAGUGGAAAUGUUUGAUAAUUCUGCAGACCUAAUAAAACUUUA